AUGAUGGAGGACACCACCUCCCCCUCCCCAGCCCUAGCCUUAGCCAAUGUCAAGGUUAAAGUCUCUAAGGAGACCACUAAGGCCAGCGAUGAGGUCUUCCUUCUCACUCUUCUAGAGGGGGUUGAUUAUGAGGGUGCCGCAGCGACCCUCGGGAUCACUAAGGCAGCCUGCCGCAUGCGAUAUACCCGCCUACGGGAGAAGCACGGCUUCAAGAAGGUGCGCGCCAAGCGGAUCCCACGUGGCAAGAAGGAAGCUGCCAAUACCACCAAGUCGAUUGCCUCCAAAGAAGCGGACGUUACGAAGGAUGACGCCAAUGACAAUACCGAGGAAGCCACUGUGGAAAAGACUACCGAGAAAUGA